AUGAGAUCUUUAUGUGGAUUUGUACGUGGUGGUGGCACUCAUCCGAAACUGAAAGAUGAUGUGGAUUUUGACAAACUAGCUAGUCUUCCCGAACUCGACGGUUUUACUGGGGCAGAUCUAGCAGCUUUGGUACAUGAAGCCUCGAUCAUCGCGCUGAAGGCUCGACUUUUCUCCAACGACACUACAGUCGACGCAGUUGGACGAUCAACGUCCAACAUAUGCAUAGUGAGUCAUGACAUCAUGGCAACCGAAUCAGGAAGAACUGACACAGGUAGAGUAGAAGGGGUUUUUGAUAGCGCUUAUGUGGAAGUGAGUUGUUUUGUGUCUGCAUGAAU